CUGGAAAUGAACUUUAGGAAUCGGAUACGGGUGUCCUUCCCUUGCUUUCUCGCCUCUGCAAAGAGCCGUUGGUGCCGGUUUUUGCCGCCGUCCUGCUCUCAGGCCCCUCCUGGGUUUCGGCGCCGGCCAUGUGCAAGCAACGUCGGUCGCACUGCCAGCCCCGCCAGAAAGUUCCAACCAAGAGUUUCUCCUUUUCACUCCGUUCCGCUGCAGUCAAAGCUGUGAGAGGUGGCGCGCGCUUGAAGAGCGGGAAAGACUUCCUCAGGCGCGCUGUCGGAGAUUCGCAUGUGAUCGGAGCACACAUGCACAGAGCGACGUGUGUCGAUGGUGCCAGGAAACCACAGUAAAAUGCGAUUUUCCUCGGCUCUUUCCUCCACGACUUCUCUGCCUCCUAGGUCUCGAAGCAUCGCCGUCAUGCCUUUCGCGAGGUGAUAUGUUUCUUGCGGAAAGAAAGACACCGCUGGCGGGGGUCUCUCCCCUCGCCAGCGGGCGAGUGCUCGUGGUUCUCGUCAUCGGCACAGUUACAGGCGUCUCUCUAUGGCCCAUGUUUCGCGGUGCAUGGAAGGAUGUCCCUGUCUGCAGGAGCGUCGAGGCUGACCACUGUCACCUACGCUUCGUCUCCUUGCUCGCCCUCAGGUUCGUCUCCCGACUCCUCUCGCUGCUCUCGGCCUACUGUGUCUUCUGCCCUCUAGUCGUCUCAGCCUCCUCCUCUUCUUCGCCGUUGAGUCGUGGGGCACCUUCGUCAAGGAAGGCGCCGCUCGUCUUCUCGACUGAAAUCUCCUCUCGCGCCUCGAACCCAGCCUCGGACCUCUUCGGCGGUCCUGCGUCCGAUGCACAGGCACGCGGCUGUCUGCGUAGAUCAAUCCCCGAAGCGGUGGCUCUUCGGGCAAAAUCUGCUUCUCCUCUUUUCUCGCUGUUUUCGCGUCUGGAGAUGGCGCUUGUCGAUACACUCGCGCUAGUCCCUUCUCUCGCUGCUCUCGCGUCGCCCUCUCCUCCGUCGCCUUCUCCUGGAAGACCAGGCGUCUCUGUGCCUCCGCGGCCGCUCCUCAAGCGCUCCUCCUCUCUCGUGGUUUUAGGCCUGUUGGUUCACUUGCUCUCCGGAUCGCCUGGCGUUGCUCCCGUCGACGUUCUGCGUUCCUUCGACAGGCUGUUUCUCGCCGAGGCGGCGCAACUGCUGCGCGACGACGUGGAGGCACAGAGCUCAACGAACCGACGAAAAAGUGCAGUGGCAGAUCCAGACGACUGGGAGACACAGCGCAGGGAGUGGAGAUACCCGCAGGCGCGAGGGCCGGCGGAGACAGGCUCGAGCGUUCCGCCGGGAGACAGCUUCGGCGCUGGGGCUCAGAGACAACGCGAGAACGGAGACCCUGUCCAUACGCACUCGCUCCGCGCUCCCUUCGUCCUCGAAGGAAAUGAAAUUCCAGCUCCGAGAAGUGACCACAGAUUUCGUCGCUUCGUCAGACUCGCGAAUGGGAUGGAAAUCCUUAUCCUCGUGGAUCCGCUGCAGCUGCGGUCGGCGCCUUCACACGUAUCGCUCUCUGUCGCGGGCGGCUUUCUCCACGACCCUGCUCACUUGCCUGGCCUCGCCACGCUGUCCGGACAUCUGAUUUUCAACAACUACGUUCCGGUGUCUUCGGCGUUGUCUGCGGCGUCGCUCGCAGGUGGAGUGGGGAGCGAGCAAAAGAGUUUGGGUCGCCGCGCGGAGUCUCGGAACCGGCGCGGAGAGGGCGGGAGAGAUCCAGAGCAGGAGCAGGGACGCGAAGAGCCGUCCUCUGACAGCGAGUCAGGGGGGAUGUUUCCAUCGUUGGAUGCGUUCUUGUUCGCCCAUGACGCCGCAGAGCCACUACACUUCUCCACAGGAGAAUUCGCCUCUGCUCUUUCGUACUCGCUGCCGACUCCUGCGCUCGCUGCCUCUCUCGCCGAACUGAAGCACAUUCUUCUGCAUCCGAACAUCACGGACGCGAGCGUCGGCGUUGGCGUCGUUCAACUUCUGCAGCAGCAGCAAAAGCAAGUGCAGAAACGAAAAAGCGAACCCUACUGGCGCAAAGCUUCAAUCCUCAAAAACCACGUGUUCAACCCAGCUCACAAGACUUCGCGGUUCCACGUGGGUUCGACGGACUUGAUUUUUUUGCUGCUGCACCACCAGCAAGAGGCGGCGGCGCGAACGGCUGUGGAGGGCAGCGGACGCGGAGCCGGUUCGGGCCGAGAAGCGAAGGAUCCGGUGUUCGAGCGGGUGUCUCUGCCGAUGUUCCAGCAUGUGAAUGUGUGGCUGAAGAACGAAGACAUUCCGUCUUUGGUGUGGGAAUGGCACAAACGUUUCUACGUCGCGAAUGCGUUCAAACUCGUCGUGUCGACGCCGGGGUCGCAGCGAGACCUAGACAGGCUCACUGACCAGAUUCAGCGUCUGUUCGACCCUUUGCCUUCCAAUCCCGCCCUCGAACAUGCCUUCACUUGCAAAGCCGACGCCGAGACGCCUUUCUUCGCUUCAGCGCAAGAGGCCGAAGCUUUUGCCCACCAAGAACUGGAGGCCUCGAUGCGGGCGACCGCGCACAGCAGACGCGGCAACAAGAGAGACCGAGCGGAGAAGUGUCAGCGACGGGGGACCGGCAGAGCCAGCGAGGGACCUGAAGAGAGUGCCGGCGUCCUGGAAGAAGGAGACAGGAACAGAGACUCCUCUGGCACCUUCUUCCAACCCUCGCGCGUAGCUCAAGUCGCCUGUGGCCCGGCUCGAGAAAGGCCCUCGCAGGGCGAAGGAGACAGAGAGACACGGAGGGGACCAGGAGAGACAGCAGCAGGGAGGAACGGCAGCGAAGAGAGGCGUGCAGAGACCAGCGACUCUCGCUGUGGUUCAAGCGCAGAAGCGACAGGGCAAACGUCGUGUGCGGUCGCUGACGACUCUGCAAAGACAAAGGAGACAGACGACGGUGCUCGCAAGCGAGACGACCCGACGGAGGUGCCUGUAGCGAGACACUGCGACCUGCGAAAAGAAAUUCUGUUGGAGCCUGCGACGGAGAACGAGCACAGCGUUGACUUUGUUUUUGUGUUUGAGAAACCCCAUCCAAAGUGGACUGUGUUCGACGCCAAAUACGUCGUCGAUGUCCUCGGUUCAGAAGGACCCGGCUCGCUGGUCGCACACCUGCGGAAACAAGGCCUUGCAGAGUCGAUCGACGUUGAGGCCGAAGAAAGCCGCUGCUACUCGACUCUUCGCGCCUCCGUGGAACUCAAAGACUUCAACAUGAAUCACACGGCCAUCAUGCUGAUCGGCUCUUCUCUCUUCUCCUAUCUAAGAUUCAUUCGCGAGUCGGUCCUGGAUCGCGCCUUUGUCGAGAGCCGCAUGCGCAUGUACCGUCUCGCCUUCGACGCCCAUGUGCCCCCGCUGCCGCCGCGGCCGCCGCUGCCUGGAGCCCUCGGGACGAUUCCAGCUCUGCUUCCGUCCUCGCUGCUACAGUCGUCCCUUCCCUCCUCUUCACCUGGCCAGGCAGGAACAAACUUUUCGCCGCAAGAAGAAGUCGCUUAUCUUGCUGCAGACUUGCAAGAAAUCCUUUCUCCGGCGCGAGUGUUCACCGAACAGUGGCUCCUCGAGGACGUCGGAAAACAGUCCCUGGAGCAUUACUUGGACCAGCUAACACCCGACAACCUCAUCCUCAUGAUAUCUUCUCCACUCGUGGUGCCGCUGUGCACGUUGGUGUCUUCCUUUUUCGGCAUUCCGUUUGCAAUCAAUCCGCUGGACGCGACGCAAGACGCCGCCUGGUCGGCGCUCGUGUCUUUGCCGCCUGAACGGGCGCUUCUUCUCGCUCGGCGGACUGGCUUCUCUCUCCCGCCGGCGUCCUUGUUUGUUCCCGAGACGCCUGCCCACGUCGACCACCAUUUGGGCGACAACGCGGUGGAUCGCUUUGGGCAGGCGCGGGGCGGCGGCGGACGAGCCGCGGACGAGCCCGAGGCGGAGGCCGGUGGCGCGGAGACAGUGGAGCCCAACAGCCGCGGCCCGGCUCGCAGCGGGGCGGACGCCUCUUCCCUCUCAGAAGAAGAAGAGCGAGUGCUGUUUUCUUCUCGGCAGGUGCCGCGACUGUUGGCUUUUGAAGACGGGGAGGAGAGUACGGGUCUCUCCUGUUCAGGUCACUGCGAGUUGUUUCACCUGCCCUACCGCACACCGGAACAGAAUCCGCCUCGGGCGUCCGUCACGCUGCUUCUGAACUACGCGGUGCCCUCUCUCUCCUUGCUAAGAGAGGACGAGCAGGCGACGCAGGCCGAGACAAAGAUGGGAGGAGCCAAGGGAAGAACUGGAGGCGAGCCGCCCUUGAGAGACACUGCCAUCUCCCCGACGAGAUAUCGAGAAGCCGUCGUCAGCCUCAUGGGUUUGUACGUCGCGACGGUCAAGGAAAUGCUCCACGAGGUGACAGUGUAUGCUUCCAUGGCAGAAAUUGCCUUUUCAAUCGAGGCCGACCAGUACAUGUCGACUGUCGAGAUCCACGUGGAAGGCGUCUCUGCUGUUAUCCCCGUCCUUGUCGAGCUGAUUGUGAAGGGCCUGAUGGCUGGUUCUCCAGGCUCGCCUGUGGCCGGGAGAGCACCCCCCGAAGGCGACGCAGGUCGCGAGUCUCCGGCGACGGCUGUUCCGCCCCUGCCACAAGUCUUUGCGUGUCGCAACCCAUGGAAAGACGCAUGCGGGGACUUUCUCGACCUCGGCGCAUUUGAGAGGGUGAAGCAGGAGAAGAUCGACGAACUCCGAGAAGGUGCUCACGACUUGCCGAGCUGCCUGGCGGAAGUGGUGUUCACGACGCUCCUGCGAGACAGAGACUGGGGAGGCAGACACAGCAAGCUCGAUGUGAUUCGCCAUGCACGGCUUCGCGAUGUCGAGGACGCCGGGGCUCUGCUCAAAGGGAAGCUCUUCGUCCAGGCCCUCGUGGCGGGCGACAUGAGUGAGACUGCUGCGAAGCGCCUCAUGUCGAACGUCUCUUCUCGGUUGCAGCUGUCUGGGAAGCCUGCAGUUGAGGAGCUGUCAUGGGAACCAGUUCUUUCGAUGAAAAAAAUGAAUUUUCCUUCAUUUGUCGAGCGACAAAUUCGACACCGCGGUGGUAGAGCCCUUCCUGCCGUGCCGCGCUAUCGCUGGCGUCUGGCUUACGGCUCAUGGGUGGAAAGCAAUGUAUGUUCGCCGUUCUCUUUGUCGACGUCUCCUUCCUUCGAGCUCGUAGAUGAAGAUCGUCUGGACGCGAGACAGAGGUCCGAGAGCACGGGGAAAGCGAGCAAGGCGAAGAUAGACCAAGAAAGGGGGACUCCCAAGACUGCCAAUGGGCCUGCCAAAGAGGCGCCACUCACCCACCCGGACGGUCUCCACGGUCCUCUCCUCGGGAUGUCUGCACUCCGCAUUGAGCUUGGAGUCCUGACAGACAAGCAGCUGGCCAUCGCCGCGGUGCUUGAACUCCUCUUGGCGUAUCCGAUGUAUCGGCACGUGUGUGCAUUGGAUGGCGCGUGUCACUCCCUUUCCUUUUCUCUUCGCCAGGAGCCUGCCGGCGUGAGCUACUUUCUGCUGGAUUUGCGGACCUUCGAAGUGCCUGCAUGCGUUGCGACGGAGCGAGCAGAAGCCUGGUUCUUUACACAAGCGGGAGUAUUCUCUGGGAUGUUUCCUACUCGUGGGGACGCUUCGCACGUUUCUUCUUGGACUUUGAAUUCGGCUUCGCCGGGGAGCGCGGAGUCGCCAGCCUCUCAGGCCGACGUCGCCCUCUAUCCGUCCGAUGGAGAGACAGUGUUGCUGCGAAGAGACUUCCUCAAGAAGCAGUAUGCCCACAAUCCCGCGAUCAGGAGUGUUCCGAGAAAGGCGUCUGAAGCGCGGGAAGCGAGAGGCAAACCGGAGCAGGAAACUUCCUUCCAAGAAAGACCGUCAGGUUCUUGCGCGGGGGCCGCGUGCCCCGAGGCGGUGGGCAGACGGGCCUCUUUCGGAGCCUCCGAGGGAGGGACGGGGGACGCCGGAAGCGCGGCGGUGUCUCCUUCGGGGCAGGACGACAGCAGCGAGGGCGAGGCAGGGGAGCGAGAAGAGCGAGAAGAGAGAGAGCACGCGGCGUCGUGUUCAGAGAGCACGCACGGCGCCGACAGACUCCCCAGAGGUGGAGUCAGCCCAGACCUUUCAGGGUCGAGUUGCACGGCGUCGCGAGAGAGCGUCGACGACGGCUCUCGCUCAGGUGCUCCGGGGUUGGCCUCUGCCUUCGAUCCGCGGCAACACAGAGCCUUUGAGGAGCCGGGAUUUUUCGUUUUCCUCGACCGAGACAGGUUUCAGAAGGCGAAGGACGCCGCAGAGGCUUCUUUCCUCAUGCUUUACGACUGGGAGGCGGACCAUGUCCAGAGACGGAGAAGGCGAGAAGCAGAAAGGAGCGCUUCUGGUCGAGAGGAAGACGGUAACGACGCGAAGCGUGACGCGAAGAGAACGGAAAAUCCAGAGACGGAAGAAGGAGAAGCCGACACCUUUCUUGGUCGACCUUUUAUUCCUGCAGACAUACAAAUGUUCGUUCACGAAAUUCGGAAAAGAACCUACGUGUUUGCAAGGCGUGAACAGGUUGCAAGGCACAUUCGGUCUCUGACGCUGGAGGACGCACGGGAAUUCUUUCUAAAUUCCGUGAUCGUCGCACCGUGGCUAGUUGUAGAACUAAGCAACUUGUUGGUCCCGUCCAGCUCCAACAACUUUGACGGAUUCUCGGAGCCUCAUGCAACCUCUGGCGUCGGGGGAAUGAUGACUUCGGGACCUGAAGCCUGUAGCUCCUCCGACAGUUUCUACGCUGAGCGCGGGAUGCCCGAUAUGACCACUCUCGACAUGAGAAGCAGCUCAAACCCUCUUUGGCGGUUGCGGAACAGUUGGGUUGAUGUGGAGAGUAUCAACGGUUUUCGCGAGGCCACUAUGAACGCCUACACUCUCGGCAUCCCCGAACUCUACCGGCGACAAGGGCGAGUUUCCAAACAGCAGAGUGCGUGAUAAGCGACUGACUUGUGCAUGCGACCAGUUUUCUAGAUAUCAGCGCGGCCUGUUCCGAACGUCCCCCGGAGUGUUCGUACAAAAGAUGGUCGUCUGCCUGUCUCCGGGUUGUCAGGCAGCCGCCGGCAAAGGAAGAUUACCAAAUUUGUGAGUAAGCCUCAUGCACAGCAGGAUGUAGACGGCUAGUCGUGGUUUGACAACAGGCGAGUUUGUGUGGUGAGUAAAAGGAGAACAGAUUUUCGGAACCGGUAGCUUCGUUGGGCCACGGCACGUCGAAUUGUCAAAACCCUUGCCUUGUAAGAAAAAGUCAACAUGACAGGUUCGUGUGCUGGUACAUUGCUUUUCAAAGAUUAUCCGUACGGAAAACAUGGAAGCGGGAUGGUUAAAAGAGCAGGCCCUCGUCGUGAUAUGUCGGCGAAUGAGCAGCCGCACCUCCAGAUUGCCAUGUGAAAAAUAGUUGAUGGACACAGCCGGGAUGAGUGCUCGGUUUUUCGUACCCCCGACAAUUAAGAAUAAAACGCUACGCUUCGGC